CAAGCCGGGCUCCAGGCGACCGAUCAUUACCAGGUAUAAAGUGCCCGGGACUACCAGUACAUAAAUACAGGGCAAACAAUAUACAAAUUAGAGGAAUCGUUUGUCCCUAAUCCUUUUAAACAUGAAAGAUGCAAUUGACAAGUGAAGAAAACAAUCAACAUUGGAAUUGAGCACUAGGAAAUAAUUAACGUGACAAAUAAAAUUAAAAAAAACAAAACAAAACAAAAAGAUGACUGGAAGAAUGAAAUUGUCAUUUAGUUCUCCCGUCAACGAAGAGUCUGAUAGAAAUUUAGUGAUUGGAUCUUUGGAGCAGCGUAAAGAAGCCUUCAAAGAGGAUGAGGAACUUAUGAAAGAAACAACCAAGUUCGUUACAGAAGUUAUCGAAACUGCUACCACGGAAGCAACUAAAAGAAAACUUGAAAAAGAGAAUGCCAGUGGGAAUGAAGGCAGUAGAUUGAAGGGCAACGAAACCUUAGGCGGCUGGAACAACCGUGCCCGUGGCUUCUGCAAUCGAGUUCUCAAUGCAAUAUUUCCAUGCUUCACCAACAAUGAACUAUUCGCCUGGACGCCAUACCGGUAUCGUUUCUCGAGACCUUAGCCGUUCACAAACUUCCGGAAGUUCCGUUCAGACGGAAUGAACACCUAACACUAUGAUCAGUAUAGGGGGCAACGAAGAUUCGAUGUUGACUGUUAGGCAAGUGGAUGACUCAAUAUUCAUUGUCAUGGGAGAAAACAUCUAAUUUAUUCGGUGCAACUGGCAAUUAAGAUCGCAAAAAGAUUACAACGUCAAUUUGAUCGAGCUAUUUUUGGAAAGAAGUAUAAUAAACAGUAUAUUAUAAUACAUAAAAGCUCGGUUCCCGCAGGUGGUUUUCGCAAAUAAAUGAAUGUCAACGGGUUCCCACAAAAAAAAGUGUUAAAACUAUAUAAUAAGCCAUUUGCGUGUUCGUUUAACAAAACAAAAAACAUAUAGGUAUAUAAAUAAAUAAAUAAAUGUAUAAAAAAAACGUAGACGAAAAUCAAGACAAAAAAAAAUUAACAUUAAGUCCGUAGGACGUUUCCAUACGCUCCAAAUGUCACUGUGAUUAAAAAAAGAAAAUAUAUUGUAACAAAAAAAAAUUCUUUCAACGAUCAAGAAUUUCGAUUCUGCUGGUACGGAAUCUUUUUUUUAUGUAUAAAAAAAAAUAAUAAUGUAUAUUAAACACACGGUAUUUCUAAUUUUUAUUCGACGAGCAUAUAUAACAGAUUUUUUAUGACAGAGGAAGACAUAAUAAAUUUCCUAAUAAUAUAUAUAUAAUAUGAGAAAAGUUAAUAUUCCUAAAAUUACAUGAUGUAAAUAAUUGAAAGAAAAAUUAUUAUAUAGAAUGUAUUCCACGCCAAAGUGUAAGUCCAUCUGCAAUGACAUCUUCGA